AAAAGCACGUUACAUGUGCGUGCUACGUCCCCGUCCCGUACGAUCACACUACACACACACGGAUGUAAAGACGGUUGUACGAGUGUAAAGGAGUGACUGGCUGAAGAAUUUUCUCAAAUUUUAACAGAAAACAGAGCGGAAAAUUACACAUUCAGAGUAACAUUUGUUGAUCGGUUGCGUAGGUAGCUCCAGAGAAACGGUGUUUGUACAGGCCUGAUUAGCCGCGGCUGCUCCAGAGAACUCAAUUCCAGAGCAACUUGAUUUUGUAAACACAUCAGAAGAACUGUAAACAACGCCGGAAUACUUAAAGAUAGAUUUCUCCUUGGAAUGGGUGAAAUUAGUGCUUCCAAUGAAGCCCAUGUGGAAGUCACAAACCAACAACCCAAGAAGGGAUACACUGGUCUCCCCGCUAAGUGUAUAAAUGGUGCUCUGGCCGGAGUUGCGGGUGUCACCUGCAUCUUCCCCAUCGACCUGGUGAAAACACGACUUCAGAACCAACAAGUCAGCGAUGGUAGGCGGAUGUACAACAACCUAUUUGAUUGUUUCAUAAAGACAGCAAAAGCAGAUGGAAUUAGAGGUUUAUAUAAAGGUUUUGGUGUGAAUGUCACGUUGAUCUCUCCAGAGAAAGCCAUUAAACUUGUCGGCAACGACUUCUUCCGCUAUCACUUACGGAAAGAUGGGGCACAUCUGGGCUUGCACAGAGAAAUGCUUGCAGGUGGCGGCGCUGGGCUGUGCCAGGUUAUCAUCACCACCCCUAUGGAAAUGCUGAAAAUUCAACUACAGGACGCGGGGAGGAGAAUUUCAGUUCAAAAGAAAAAGGUUCCUGCCGUAGCAGUCCCCGACCUCGCCUCAAAAAUAAACCCCUCCCUCACCAGAGCGUAUUCCGCCAAUCUAGCCGAUGUGUCGCCCUCUGCGUGGACCCUCGCACGCAAUCUUCUCCAAACAGAAGGCAUAUUUGGACUCUACAGGGGACUAGGGGCGACUCUAAUGAGAGAUGUACCUUUUUCCAUGGUAUACUUUCCACUGUUUGCACAUCUCAAUGCAAUGGGUGUGAAGCGCGAGAAUGGUCGUGCCAGUUUUAAACAUUCCUUCAUGUGUGGAUGCCUUGCAGCAACAGUGGCAUCUCUGUCUGUUAACCCAGUUGAUGUAAUCAAAACCCGACUGCAGCUGUUACAACAUGCCCCGGGCGAGCAAACCUAUGACGGGAUCCGUGAUUGUGCAACCAAGAUCUGGAAACAAGAGGGCCCCUCUGCGUUCUUCAAGGGGGCGUCUUGUCGCCUUCUGGUCAUCUCGCCUCUCUUUGGCAUCGCCCAGGCCGUCUACUACUAUGGCGUCGGCGAAUUCUUACUCGGAAUACCGAAGCAGUGGUUAUGAGGUGGUUUAUUCUAAUAAUUAAUAAACAAAUCUUCCCUAUUUAUUUGAAAUAUUAAGAUGCCCCACUUGAAGAUAGAAUUCUUUUAAGGGUACAAUGGAGAAGGGAUUUAGGGAAUUACGGUUCUUGCCAUGGUUACGUUUUAUUUUUGUUUGCAUGAUGAUAUUUUCAAGUUUGGUCGGAAAAUAUUUAUUGUAGGUGCUCUAA